AACAGGUUCAACACAAUUUGCAUGCCUGAGAUCAUAUAAACAGUGCGGAGCAGGUGCUCGGGGUUCACAAAGCUUGACUUGGUUUCACAGGAGAUUUUGACAUUGCUCUGUGGAGCAUGACCAUCACGAACUUCUCAAUUGAAUAUGAUGCCAUCAACAGCAGAAACAUCUUCACAAAUGGAGAUACCAUUAAUGGGAGAAUCAUCGUGGAGGUGUCUAAGGAAACUAAAGUCCAGUCUCUUGUUUUUAUAUCACAAGGAAAAGCUCGUGUCCGCUGGACUGAACAUUACGGGCAGUAUCAUACUCAUGUGUACUGGGCUGAUGAGAAAUAUUAUGAUGUCAAACAUCACAUCUUGAGAGAGUCAAGACAAGAUGGAACUGAAAUCAUUGGCAAAGGACGACAUGUGUUCCCUUUUUCCUUCCAGAUUCCCGACAGAAAAAUCCCAUCAUCUUUCAAAUCCUGCAUUGGCAAGAUUGUUCACAAAGUGAAGGCAGAGCUUAAACAAUCAAUGAAGCUGACAAAAAAGACCAAAACACACUUCACAUUUGUGUCCAAAGCUGACAUGGAUAUUCCAGGACUUCUGGACCCUCAGUAUGGUAGCAAGGAUAAAUCUGUCAAAGUUUUCGGCUCUGGAAACAUCUCAAUGGAUAUUCAAACCAAGCGGAUGGGAUACAAGCAAGGUAGGGAUCUAAAGGUCAUGGCUGAAAUCAGCAACCAAUCAAGUCGUUCAGUGAAGCCCAAAUUCAUACUGUACGAGAAGCAGAGUUUCUUCGCCCAGGGUCGCAGGAGAGUUAGCACAAAUGAGAUCCUUAAGGAGAAGGUGGAGGCUGUUGAACCCUCCAGGAAAGAGACUGUGACCAAGGUGAUCACCAUCCCCAGAGAGCUACCUCCCUCCAUCUUGAACUGCUCCAUCAUCAAGCUGGAGUACAGGCUGAAGGUCAUUCUAGAUGUCAAACUUGCUUCAAACCCUGAGAUCAAACUCCCUAUAGUCAUCCUACCUGAGCGCCCUGCUGAGAAACAACUGCCUCCUUCUGCCGGCGUUGGAUUUGAAACAUUUGGGAACCAAAACCAAGCAGCCUGGAACAUGGUACCACAACCACAAGCAGCACUUGGAGCUCUGGAUCCCCCACCUCCUUACGGAGCAUAUCCAAAUUACCCCUCAUUUACCGAUUACAGCAAAUGAAGCUCAGCGUAAGUUCAAUCAGGAAUCUUUGUGCUCAUCCAUUCACAAUUCUCUCCAUCCCACUCCCACUGCUUCCUCUAAUCUGCUGACUAUGGGCGUUCACUCUUCCAGUUGUCCAAUCAAACUUUGCCAUGAUCUCUAUCAGCCAAUCAGGGUGCUACUGCCAAAUUUUAAAUCUGCU